CAGAGUCCAGACUCUUCCCCGUGUGACUGACAUGCUGUGGUGAGAGCUUUAAAGAGUGGUACGAGUAAAAACACAAAACACUCUCAUCCCUUCCCUUUCUUUUUGUCCCAAAAUACUCGGCCAUCACUAUCUCUCUCUCUCUCUCUCUCUCUCUCUCUCUCCGUCUGUCUCUCGCGCUGUUUAACGGUGUAAUUUACACCAAAAAUGGCUGAUGAAACACCAAACCCACAUCCGGAACCACCGCCGUCUGACCAACCGACUGAUAAAGACAAGUCGGCAGCACCAGUACAAGCAUCGUUUUCGGUGGUGGUGACGGAGUCAGCGUCGGAGGUUGUGACUGAGAAAGAGGAGUCACAGCCACAACCACCGCCAGUGGUGGAGUCGGGUCCGCCGGCGGUGGUGGAGGAGGCGGAGGAGGAGAAAGAAGAGGAAGUUCCGCCGGAGCCGCCAGUUGCGGCGGCAGAGGCGGAGGCGAAGACUUCUGCUACCAAGGAAGAUGGUGUUGCGGUUGGAUCUGAGUUGCCGGAGUCGAAACAGCCCGAGUCUCUGGUGAAACUCGCAAAUAAGGAGAUAAAAGCUCUGGAACAUCGAAAGACUGUGCAAGAGCUGAAGCAGCUCGUCCAAGAAGCUAUCAACAGUAACCGGUUCACUUUCGCACAACCACCACAAACAAAGCAAGAAAUUACUCCGGCUGCACCCUCCGAACCCACUCCGAGAAUCGAAGAGAACCCAGAAAAGGAAGCCCAAGAAGUGGCAAAAGAAGCAGAGGAAGUGUCCAUUUGGGGGGUUCCUCUCCUGAAGGACGAUCGGACCGAUGUGAUUCUGCUCAAGUUUUUACAAGCCAGGGACUUCAAGGUGAAGGAUGCUUUCGUCAUGAUCAGUAACACACUCAAAUGGAGGAAGGAGUUCGGUAUCGAUGCGCUUGUCGACGAGGAUCUCGGCGACGAGUGGGAUAAGGUGGUCUUCAUGCAUGGAUGUGAUAGAAAUGGCCAUCCCGUGUGUUACAAUGCUUAUGGGGAGUUUCAGAACAAGGAUGUGUAUGCAAAAGCGUUCGAGGAUGACGAGAAGAGAAGCAAUUUCUUGAGGUGGAGGAUACAGUUCUUGGAAAAGAGUAUCAGGAAGCUUGAUUUUAGCCCCGGUGGUAUUUCCACCAUCUUUCAGGUUAAUGACCUCAAGAACUCUCCGGGACCUGGAAAGCGCGAGCUUAGGCUGGCCACCAAGCAGGCUCUUCAUGUGCUUCAGGACAACUAUCCCGAGUUUGUAGCCAAGCAGGUGUUUAUCAAUGUUCCUUGGUGGUAUCUUGCGUUCUAUACGAUGAUCAGUCCGUUCUUGACCAUGAGGACCAAGAGCAAGUUUAUUUUUGCAGGGCCAUCGAAAUCUGCUGCAACCCUUUUCAAAUACGUAUCUCCUGAGUUCGUGCCAGUUCAAUAUGGUGGCUUGAGUGUCGAUUAUUGUGAUUGCAACCCAGAAUUCAGCCUUUCUGAUCCGGUCACGGCGGUUACUGUAAAACCAGCAACUAAGCAAACGGUGGAAAUCAUAAUUUAUGAGAAAUGCAUCCUUGUUUGGGAGCUUCGGGUUGUGGGCUGGGAGGUGAGCUAUAGUGCUGAAUUUGUGCCUAAUGCUGAAGAUGGAUAUACAGUUGUUAUACACAAAGCUAGGAAGAAGACCCCAACUGAUGAACCAGUGGUGUCUAACAGCUUUAAGGUUGCUGAACUAGGCAAAAUAUUGCUCACGGUCGAUAACCCAACCUCAAAAAAGAAGAAUCUUCUUUACAGGUUCAAGAUCAAAUCCUUCUUAGACUGAGGAUUUCAAAUUAGCUCAAAGGUCUCUGAACUUUUCUUGCACAAUAUGAAAAAAUUAAGAGUAACAAGUUCCGCCUGUCAUCGUUAAUUGAUCGUCCUCAUGUUCAUCGAAGAUUUUGGCUUGAUCACUGUACCUGUUGAUUGGUGUUUACUCUAGGCUUGGAAAUUUACUAUUUGGGUUUGAAUAUACAAUUACUUCCCCUGUAGUUUUAGGAAGAGUCUGGUUUGUAAUAUGCAGUACUACAAAUAUCAGUCAGUUUGGGAGACAGAACAAAUUUAAGGGCUGUUGGAGUGAAUUGUGGUUGUAAAGUUUUGUGCCCCUAUGCAAUUGGGUUUUACUUUGUUUUUA